CGAAGUGGCAACUACAAUUUGAUAUUUUGUUUCUGUUUGAACUUUCUUUGAAUUACGUAUUUAUAUGUGUAUCAGAAAGUCUGUUUUAAAUGUUUAUCAACUUGUUUAUUAAAUUUUUAAAUUUCAUAACAUAAAUCGGCAAAUCGUUAUAAUGGCAAAUAAUUCGUCGCAUGUCUACAGCAUCGUCAGAAAAAGAUACCGAGUUAAGUCAACAGCUACCACAAACACCAGAAAUGAACUCUUUACAACACUCAUUCACACGAAUAAAUAUUGAUGCUCCAGAUGAAGACUGCAAUUGUUUAAAUACGACACUCAGUGUUUAUUCCCUGCUUGCGAGUUUAGAUUUGGGAAACUAUAUGGAUUUGUUUGCCGCAAAUAGCAUUGGAUUAGAACAGUUUCUGAACUUAUCUUAUUUAGAUUUGCAACUAUUAGGCAUAAACGACAGUCGGCAUCGGAAUCUUAUAAUGGAUGUGAUAAAUGCUUUUCGAAUUGAUUAAUUGUAUGCUGACCGCAGAAAGUACCUAAUAACUGUUUUUAUCAGAGCAUAAAAAAUCUAUAUGUAAAAUAAUUAAUUAAAAUGUAUUAGGAUAUGACGAUUAAUAUUAUAUGACAUUGUAAAUGCUGAUACUAGAUAAGUUUUACGUAGUGGCAUCCCACAUAUGACCAUUUUUCCAAUGCUAUGGUUUAAAAGAUAUUAGUUAAAUUUUAUAAUUAAGUUUUUUACAAAUACAUAUGUUCCUAUUAAAAACAUAUAUAAAUAUCACUUUCGUAGAAUGACAUUAAAAGUCGUAAAUACUUACAUAUUUAGUUCUAAUUUGUCAUCCCUUUUCUAUUUCCCUGAUAAAAUAGUUUCACAGAUUAAUGUGAGUCGUUAUAAUUUUUAUUUUAUUUUUUC